AUGAGGGGCUUGAUAUUAACCCUGAUUUUAACCGUGGUAGGGAGCCAGCACCUUAAUUACCAACCUGAUUUCAGUGAAAACAAGGUUUAUACGUUUGAUUAUGAAAGCACGAUUCUCAGUGGACUUCCAGAGAAAGGACUUGCAAGAGCUGGCAUAAGAAUAAGAAGUAAAGUGGAAAUUAGUGGUAUUGGGCCAAAACUUUGUCUUAUUACGAUUCACUCAAUCGAAGCAGCAGAGUACAAUGGUGUCUGGCCUACGAGCUCAUUCUCUCGAUCACUCAAACUGACCCAGGUACUAACUGGGCAACUCAGUAAUCCCAUCAAGUUCGAGUACAGCAAUGGCCACGUUGGAAAGAUUAUGGCUCCUGAUUCUGUCUCGGAUGAUGGUUUGAAUGUCUACAGGGGAAUCAUGAAUGUGCUGGAGAUAAGCAUAAAGAAGAUGCAGCAUUCAUACAGCUUACAGGAGCCCGGGAUUGGAGGUAUUUGUAACACAACGUACGCAAUUCAGGAAAACAAGAGAGCAAACCUGGUCUAUGUGACUAAAUCCAAGGACCUGAACAGUUGUGAAGACAAAGUACAAAUGGUCACAGGUUCAGCUUACACUUAUCCAUGCCAGACCUGCCAGCAGAGAAACAAGAAUUCCCGGGCAACUGCUACUUACAAUUACAAAAUUAAGUAUACACGUAAUGAAGCUGUAAUUACACAGGCUGAUGUUGAGGAAAUCCACCAGUUUACACCCUUCAAUGAGAUAACAGGAGGAAAUGCUAUAGUAGAAGCAAGGCAGAAACUUGCUUUGACUGAUGUGCAAAAGAGCAUGACAGAGGUCCCAUCAAAAGAAUUCCAAUAUCGUGGGUCAAUUCAGUACCAGUUUGGCAGUGAAUUGCUUCAGCUUCCUGUCCACUUAUUCAGAAUAAAAAAUGUGGAAAGCCAGAUAGAGGAAAGCCUGCAAGACCUAGUAGACACCACGUCUGAACAGCUCACCAGCGAAGCACCAGCAAAAGCUCUCAAAUUGCUGCACCUCUUCCGUGCAGCAAGUGAGGAGGAUUACGAGUCAGUGUGGAAGCAGUUCUCCAGUCGGCCAGCAUACAGGCGGUACAUUUUGGAUAUAAUUCCUGCAGUUGCCAGUCACCGUGCACUCAGGUUCUUGAGGCAAAAAAUGGAAAGGCAAGAGCUCACCAACUGGGAAGCGGCUCAGACGGUGCUUGUGGCCCUGCACUCAAGCACACCCACUCGAGACGUGAUGGAGGAAGCAACGCAAAUCGUGAAGAAACAUUGCCCACGCUCAAGUACUGUACUUGGAAAGGUUUGCCAUCUCAGCUACGCGUCACUGUGCCACAAACAGUGCUCUUCAUCAGACUCCUGCUCUGAAUGUCUCCAGCUACUUCAUGGCUUUGCAGGAGAAGCAUUGACCAAGUCGAAUACAGAAGAAAUUUGCCUGGCUUUGAAAGCCCUUGGCAAUGUAGGACAUCCAGCCAGCAUCAAGCACAUCAAGAAGUUUUUGCCAGGAUAUGCAGCCAGUGCCUCAGAUCUGCCACUCAAGGUCCAUGCAACUGCUGUGAUGGCCCUGAAAAGCAUAGGCAUGAAAGACCCCAAAAUGGUCCAGGCUAUUACGCUUGAGAUAUUCCUGAAUCACAAAAUUCAUCCUCGGGUCCGAAUGUUAGCUGCAGUGGUUUUGCUUGAAACCAAGCCAGGUCUUCCAAUAGUGAUGACAUUAGCUGAUGCUGUCCUGAAGGAACCUAGCAUGCAAGUGGCAAGUUUCAUCUACUCUCACCUGAGGGCUCUGGGUAGAAGCACAGCUCCGGAUCUUCAAGUGAUGGCUUCUGCUUGCAGAAUGGCUGUCAGAGCAUUGAGUUCCAAAUUUGACAAAUCUGGGUAUCAGUUCAGCAAGGUUUUCCGCUUCAGUAUGUUUAAAGAGAUCCUUAUGAGUGGAGUAGCAGCUAAGUAUUUGGUAUUGAAUAAUGCAGGGAGCUUAAUUCCAACAAUGGCAAUGUCCCAGCUGCGGACACACUUCCUCGGAAGAGUGGCUGAUCCCUUGGAGGUGGGAAUAACGGUUGAAGGACUGCAGGAGAUGUUUGCUAAAGGUUACUCUCCUGAUCAGGACUGGGAGACUGACUUCGACUUCAAGGAAAUCUUGAAAACGCUCUCUGACUGGAAGGCAUUAUCCAGUGACAAGCCUUUUGCAUCAGGCUACGUGAAGAUGUUUGGCCAAGAGUUCUUCUUUGGUGGACUUGAUAAAAACGCCAUCCAAAAUGUAUUACAGGCAUGGUAUGGACCUGAUGAAAAAAUCCCCUCAAUAAGGAGAAUAAUCAGUAGCCUUCAAAGUGGUGUAGGGAGGCAGUGGACCAAGGCUUUACUGUCCUCUGAGAUCCGUCGUAUCGUGCCCACUUGCACUGGGUUCCCAGCAGAGACCAGCUUCUAUUACUCUUCUAUCACAAAAGUGGCAGGAAAUGUUCAAGCACAGAUUACACCUUCUCCGAAGUCUGAUUUCAGAUUGACUGAGAUAUUAAAUGCCAACAUUAGGCUGCGAUCCAAAAUGAGUCUAAGCAUGGCUAAGGAGAUGACCUUUGUAAUGGGGAUCAACACACACAUGGUCCAGGCCGGGUUGGAAUCACACACCAAAAUGAAUGCUCAUGUACCUGUGAAUGUUGUUGCCGCUGUUCAAAUGAAGGAAAAAAAUAUCAAGAUUGAAAUUCCACCAUGUAAAGAUGAGAUGAACAUAAUUACUGCAAGGUCUAAGACGUUUGCCGUUACACGAAAUAUUGGGGAUUUGACUGCUAGUAAGAUGACUCCAGUUCUUCUCCCUGAAGCAGUGCCUGACAUAAUGAAGAUGUCCUUUGAUUCAGAUUCCGCAUCAGGCGAGACUGAUAACAUCAGGGUCAGACAGUCUGCAGAAGAUGUUUCAUCGGGAGAUUCGUUUUCCUUUGGACAGUCUUCUUCCAAAAAAGAGCCAUUUGUUCAGUCCAUGUGCUUCAAUGCAAGUACAUUUGGGGUUCAAGCAUGCAUUGAGAAGAAAAGUGUACAUGCAGCAUUUAUCAAAAAUGUGCCUCUUUAUUACCUCGUUGGAGAGCACGCCUUUAGAAUGAGCUUCAAGCCAGUUUACACAGAGGCACCUAUUGAAAAAAUACAAGUCACAAUUCAAGCAGGAGAUCAAGCUCCUACCAAAAUGGUGCGUCUAGUGACGUUUGAAGAUCCAAAGACACAAGUAUCUUCCAGCAAAGCGGCAAUUAAAAGAGUGAAGAAAAUCCUUGAUGACACUGAUGACCAGGGGGCAAGAAAAUCCAGAAGCUCAUCAUCCAGUGCCAGCAGCACCAGCACAAGUGCUGAGAGUACCACGAGCAGCCCCUCCAGCAGUGACUCUGACCACAGAGCAUCACAGGGAGGCACCCAGAUAACUCUGAAAAAAAGACAGUCCAAAGUCAAAGAAAAGAAGUUCUACCCCUUUGGGGACAGCAGCAGUAGCAGCAGCAGCAGUAGUAGCAGCAGCAGUAGUAGUAAAAGCAGUAGUAGCAGCAAAAGCAGCAGCAGUAGUAGCAAAAGCAGUAGUAGUAAAAGCAGUAGUAGCAGCAGCAAAAGCAGUAGUAGUAACAGCGGCAGUAGCAGCAAAAGCAGUAGUAGCAGUAGCAAAAGCAGCAGCAGCAGCAGCAAGGACAGUAGCAGCAGCAGUAGCAGCACAGGUAGUAGCAACAGCAGCAGCAGCAGUAGUGAAGCAUCUGGUAUGAAGCAUAAGGCUAAGAAGCAGUCCAAGACCACAUCAUUUCCACAUGCCGGCGCUGCUGAAGGAGAGAGAAGUGUCCGUGUGCAGGCGCGCAAAACACAGAGUAGCAGCAGUAGCAGCAGAAGCACCAGCAGCGGCACCAGCAGCAGCAGUGAAAGCAUUGGUGUUUCCCAUCGCCAAAGCAAAUAUGACAGACAAGCUGAGACAAAACCUGUCAAGUCCCAAAUUAACGGUUACAGUAGUCACAGCAUUUCUACAGAAUGGGAACAUCGCCUUCCAAAAGUAUACCAGCUCCGGUUCAGGUCUGCUCACAUCCAUCAGCAUACAGAUCAUAAGAUAUCAAGCAGCUCAUCAUCAUCUUCCUCCGAGUCAGGAAGCAGCCACUGCAACAGCAGCAGCAGCAGCAGGAGCAGCCACCCAAGCAGCAGCAGUAGCAGCCACCACCAUGGAGAAAACACUGGGCACAGCUCAAGAGUCGACGCUCACCACAGCCAUGGUUCCAGCCUGACACGCGAGCGCAACUUCCUGGGAGACGUAAUUCCACCUGGCAUUACGAUUGUGGCACAGGCAGUAAGGAGUGACAACAGAAAUCAAGGUUAUCAAGCUACAGCAUAUGUUCGUUCUGAUGCUGCCAAAGUUGAUGUGCAACUAGUUGUGGUUCAGCUGGCUGAAACCAGUUGGAAAGCAUGUGCUGAUGCUGUAAUACUGCCUCUGAAAGCACAGGCCAGACUGAGAUGGGGGAAGGAGUGCCGCGACUACAGGGUAGCAGCCAUGGCUACCACAGGCCAACUGGCGAAGAAGCCAGCCGUGCAGCUGAAGAUGCAAUGGGGAAAACUUCCAUCCUGGAUAAAAAAGACAAGCACAGCAUUCAUGCAAUACGUUCCUGGUGCAGCACUCGUGUUGGGCUUCUCAGAAGCCCAUCAGAGAAAUCCAUCUCAUGAAUUUAUAGUAAGGGCAGCUGCAACAUCUCCACGAACAAUUGAUACAGUAAUUAAAGCUCCUGGGGUAACACUUUACUAUCAGGCACUCCGAAUUCCAUUCACUCUGCCCUUAGGCCCAUCUCCUACUUACGAGACUCCAGAUAUCACUGCCUGGAAUGUGUUUCCUAAAAUAGCUUCACAAAUAGCACAAGAAGAUCAAUCCACAUGCGAAAUCAGUGAGGGAGACUUCAAAACAUUUGAUCAUGUGAGCCAUACAUAUUCUUUCAAUAAAAGCUGCAACCUGAUAGUGGCCCAAGACUGUACUGAACGCCCAAAAUUCAUCAUUACUACAAGCAAAGUUGAUCCUCAGUCUUUCUCAAGAAAGGUUCACAUAAAUACAACCUCAGCGAACAUCACAAUCUGUCCUGCUGCACAUUCAUCUCUACUUGUGGCAUGCAAUGAAGAACCAGUUCUAUUAGACAGCGGAGACUCUGAAUAUGAAAAGGACAACGUUAAAAUUUAUAAGAAUGGAACAACAGUUAUCGUGGAAGCUCCAACAUGUGGGCUGAAGAAAGUGGCUUUUGAUGGUGUGAUCCUUAAGGUUACUGUUUCUUCAUGGAUGAGAGGAAAGACCUGUGGAGUUUGUGGAAAUAAUGACAGAGAAAAGCACAAUGAACUCCUAAUGCCAAAUCAUAAGCUGGCACACAGCUGUUCUGCUUUUGUUCAUUCAUGGGUAUUGCUCGAAGAGACCUGCUCUGGUGGGUGCAAGCUGCAGCGUAGUUAUGUGAAGCUGAAUCGAAAUCCUACUAUUGAUGGAGAGGAAUCCACGUGCUACUCUGUUGAUCCAGUACUGAAAUGUAAGAAAGACUGUACUCCAACUGAAAAAACCUCAGUUAAGGUUGGCUUCCACUGUUUCCCAAAAGAUACUGCUGUAAGCAUGCCGGAAUGGCAGAGAAGCAGCGAUAAGAAAUCUGCAUCUGAGGAUGUUGUGGAGUCUGUGGAUGCUGACAUUGAUUGUACCUGCACUGGUGACUGUAGUUAAGCUAAACGCUUUAGUGUUUGCUAUAGACAUACUACACAAAUAAUUGAAUAGCUGGACAGAUAAGAAGGGAAUGUAAUAGCUGCAGUAAAAUAUUAAGAAAUGUGCUUGAAGAAAAUAAGCCUACUGUGUUGCAUCCAAAGUCAAACGCAUUAUGUACAGUCUGCACUGCUUAAUAAAUACGUUGUUCAUUAAAUAAGUA